AUUGUACAUAGGACACAGUCACGCCAGAUCUGUUCCUGGUUCAAAUCGGAAGACAAGAUGGAGAUCGAAAAUCUAACCGCCGAUGACUCUUCAGCCACAAUGGCGGAAGUGCUGCCGUUGGCAUCCAUUUCUCAACAACCUUACGUCUCCGAACUCCUUUCCUUCACUCUCGAUCGCCUGCACAAGGAACCGGAGCUUCUCCGCGUCGAUGCCGAGAGAAUUCGUAGGCAGAUGCAGGAGGUUGCUGUCAAUAACUACCGUGCAUUCAUUUCUGCCGCUGAUGCUUUGGUUUCUACUCGCCACGAAGUCUCAUCCAUUGAUAAACACCUCGAAUCAUUGAUUGCAGAGGUCCCAAAGCUAACAUCUGGCUGCUCUGAGUUCAUAGAGUCUGCAGAAAAGAUUUUGGAGCAGAGAAAGAUGAACCAAACACUGCUGGCAAAUCAUAGUACUUUGCUUGACUUACUUGAAAUUCCUCAGCUUAUGGACACGUGCGUGAGGAAUGGGAAUUAUGAUGAAGCUCUAGACUUGGAAGCAUAUGUUAGCAAACUGUCAACAAUGCACCCUAAAUUACCAGUCAUUCAGGCCCUUGCUGCUGAAGUAAGACAAACUACCCAGUCUUUGCUCUCACAACUUCUCCAAAAACUAAGAUCAAAUAUUCAGUUACCAGAAUGUCUUCGCAUUAUUGGAUAUCUACGAAGGAUAGGAGUAUAUAGCGAGUAUGAAAUGCGCCUACAGUUUCUAAGAUGCAGAGAGUCAUGGUUAUGUGGGAUUCUUGAUGACUUAGAUCAGAGAAAUGCUUAUGAACACUUAAAAGGAAUGGAAGUGAGGAGAAUUAUGAUGGAGGACUUCUCUUCAGCUGGGCUAUGCAUCAGAUUGCAUCUCACCUUAAAACUCUCAAAAUCAUGCUCCCUAAGAUAA